AUAUCGAUAAGUCUUUGUGUCGCCCCUAUUCAGUGUACGUGGAUUUCGACUCAACUUUCUCAGGCCUAAUAAACAAGGAAAAUUCAGUAAUUAAACCCUCCAAACAGGAGCCAGGGAUGAGGAAAGACAGCUGAGACAAAGUCCCCAGCAUUCCUAAGCGCACCACAUUUCUGAGGCAGUUGAAAGCCGAAAAUUGCCAGUAUCUAGACUCAAUCUACUACUUGCCCUUCGGCCUGGCCUGAUAAAGUGGGCGACUCCACAACAAUCCCCAGCCCCUAGAGUCGGUCGAUUGUCAUUUAUUAUUGAUAAUGGCCCCCACCCGCCGUCCUAGCGAUGGCUUGCUGGCCCGUGUGAACUUUCCACUGUACGCCGUCGACGUGCUCACAAGCCGUCACAUCCUAGUGGCUGGAGGAGGCGGUUCCAGCAAAACGGGCGUCGCCAAUGGCUUUGAGAUCUACGAGCUGUACCACAAUGGGAGUCACUUCUGCGCGGAGGAGGUGCUGCGCCACGAAACAGGUGCCAACGUGGUGAUGAACUUUGCCGUCCGAAAUGGAGGCAGGAGAGGCUAUCUUUGUGCUGGCCAGGAGGCACACUGUCAGAUGUACUAUGUUCAACCACGGAUCGAGUCCGAGGAGGACGGCAAUGGUAAUGGAAUCGGAGACGGAAAACCAGCUCCUGCGGAACGACCACAUGAGAAUGGAAAUUUACGCCAACGUAACGCUCCCUCUGGAGUGGAAAACCUUUCCAACGGCCAUAAGCCUCCAACGUCAGCCGCAGACAUAAUGCGUCAAUUCAAGCGACUGCGCUUCGACAUCCAGGCGGCGGAUGUCGUCCAGACCGACUUUCUCAAGAGCGCUGAACCGCUGCAACGGGUGGUGCGUAUCAGCGGUAACGGGCUACUGAUGGCCACCGGUGGCACUGACGGGAAGCUGAGGGUCUGGUCUUUUCCGCAAAUGAGCUUGGCCGCUGCGCUCCCGGCACACACCAAGGAGAUAGAUGACUUAGACUUUAGUCCCGACUGCAAGUACAUCGCCAGUAUCUCAAAAGACUCCCAUGGUCUAGUAUGGGACUUGGGAAAUGGGAAGCUACACCACAAGUUGCAGUGGCAGACGCCCGAGGGUGCCAAGUAUUUGUUUAAACGCUGCCGCUACGGUACAGUGGAGGCGCGUAAGGACCAGUAUAGACUGUUUACCAUCGCCAAUCCAUUGGGAAAGGUUGGCCGACAGCGCGGCUUCCUUCAGCACUGGGAUUGCGCCAGCGGUCAGCUACGCCAGGCGGUGGGCAUUGAUGAAAGCUUGGCCUCGCUGGCGGUGCGAGACGAUGGACGGUUCUUGGCCGUCGGAACGAUGUUCUCAGGAAGCGUAUCCAUGUACAUAGCAUUUAGUCUGCAGCGCGUGCUCCACAUUCCUCAUGCACACUCCAUGUUCGUAACGGGCCUGCAGUUUCUGCCAAUCACCAAUGAGGAAGGACCGCCCAUUUCCAGCGACACCGAGGCGGCUGUGAUCUCCAUUUCUGUGGACAACAAAGUCUGCAUCCACAGUCUGCCUCAAAGACGUACGAUCCCCGCUUGGAUUGCCAUUGCCUUUAUUAUCCUCAUGGUCUUCAUAGUGUUUGUGAUGUGCUCCUAUUUUGGCAUCUGAUGAGCACUUGGGGUGACGAGUUAAAAAAAAUAUACGUUAUAUUAUGUACACAGGUUUUAGUUAUGUAUUAGGCCCACAAGACCCCUCGCGAUUAUUAAUUUAAGUGUAUAGUUUGUGCCGGUUGCCUUAUCUCUUAACUAAUUUCAAUGUUUGCUUAAUUGUAAUAUAAUUUAAUCUCUCUAGCCCUUUUCCUCCUUGUCUCUCAGAUCAAUCAAGUGAUCUUUCGUCCGCUCUAACAGUUGUAUAUGAUUUAUUUCAAUAAUAGUCUUUAGUUACUAUACGAAAAUCAAACAUGGAAAUGGGCACACACCAAGAAAAAUGGUCAAAUUUCUCGUGGAAUCAUUUUUAUGAAUAAAAUGUUUGUUGAUUGAACUAAAGUGGCUUAAACAUAAAAAUAAUUGUCACAAAUAAAUGAAAUGUAUAGCCAUUUGUUUAAAAAACUUAAAAA